UACAUACUACUCUAUACCCUGUACAUAGUGUUAUACUCUUAGUAAAAGCUGCCAUCAUUGUGUACUAUUUGUUCUACAGGGUGGACUAUCCUCCUCCACAUAGAGCACAAGUGACACAAUGAGUUUUGGCGUCUCUGUGACGUCACCGUAUUGUUAAAAACCCAGAACGCGGAGCAGCAGCCCACAGACUACCUUCUAUUAAGUGUCAAACUUCUCCACCACGCAACUAACCGCGAUCAAUUUCAUCUUCUAAAGUGUCAACACACCAGCGUUGCAGCAAAUUCCCUAAAAGGAAAAACAGGAAAAGACCUACAAAAAUGCAAAAGUCAAGCAUGAGCCAGCCAGCGCUUCAGGAAAUUUCUUGUGAUUGCCUGGAGACACUUGAUUUUUAUACUAACAACGAACACAGAGAAUUAAACAGCAGUGUUGAAAACCAGCUUCUGGAACUUAAAGAAACAGACACCAGACAAAAUCUGGAAAUCCGAGGCCUGGAGAGCAAAGUCAGUAGCCCCAAGAAACGCAUGCGCUUAAUUGAGGAACAACUCUUUGAAUGGGAAAGUGAGAUAAACAAAGGUCUUCAAAAUGAAGCAAAGACUUUGUCUAAUCGAACCAACACUUCAGCAUCAUGUGGGGUUGCAUUCGCUGCUAAGGAGUUUGGAUCUGCUACUCCCAGGCAUGUCAGUCGUGUUCCAGGAAUCUUGCCCUCCAAGCAGGAGAGCUCCGAUCAGAGGCACAACAAUCCAAUUUCAGGAAAUCAAACCAUGAACAUCUCUGGCCGAACUUUUACAAAAAUAAAGCUGACAGCAAAGAGAACUGGAUCAAAUGUGUCACCACCCAGGAUUGCUAAAAGGCCUCGACUUGAUGCUGCUUCAGCUGAUCCUGCAAACACCACACACAUGACACAUUCCCUCAUCUCCAGUUCAUUAGAAACAUUGCAAAAGUCCUGUUCCGAUUUAUUAACUACAGACAGGAUUCAUGCCCUUUUUGAAGAAACAAGUCAACUUCCUGUUCUGACAGAGGAGGAAAAAUCGGUCAUAUCUAAGUUUUGCGUAAACGAGUCCUUAACGCAGACAUUUCUGUCUGUGAUUUUGGACAAGGUAAAGACAGAGAAAGAGUCUACGGGACAUGAUCUCCUGCAGUCUCUCUGUAGGGUUUAUGUGGGAUUGUGUCAAUUAAGUGGAGACUCUCAUAAAGCACAUGCCCUCGCCUACAGAUUUCUUAAAGAAGACUUUCCUGAAGCCCCCAAACUGAUUAUGGUCAUGGUGACUGCAUGGCCAAAUGUUUUCUUCUAUCACAGCCCUUUAUGCAAAGCCAUUCACAUCGUGAGCAAAAUGAAGGCAAAUGGAAAGAUGUUAGAUUUGCUUAGCAAGUAUCUUUUCUGGGAUGAGGAUCCUCUAGAAAACAUUCACAAUACCAUCACUAGCACACUGGAGGCUCUUCUCGAAGACAACAGUCUGACAUUCGAGAAUAACAGCUGGUAUGGUGUUGAUCUCUGUUCUUCUGUCUGGGACUACAUCUUAAGUCUGGACCUUCUUUGUGCACAAAUGGGCUGGAUUUGGACUCUUAAAAAAAUUAUACGAAAUAAAAUUUGGCUGAUCCUGAACACUUGGAUGUUGCAAACAAAAACAGAGCAAACACCGUACAGAGACGUCUCUGUAGCAGCAGUUUUCAGGCUACUUGGGCGACUUGGCCAACAAGGCCUUAAGGAGAACUUCCCAAAGUCAGUCCAAAAUCUGACAAGAAGCAUAGUUAAGUAUGGAACGGAAAAGCUCAGAAAAGAUUUGCCGUGGGAGGUGCAGCUCGCAGUGGUUUAUGCCACUCAUGAUCUGGCAGCCAGCAACCCCAACGUUGCUCUAAAAGAUUUGAAAUCAUGGUGGCAAGACAUCACAAAGCCCGUUCCCCCAGCCAUUACAAGUGCCUUAUACUCUUUUUAUGAAUAAUUUUAUAGAUUUUUAUAAGCUCGGGCGGGCGCUAAAGAGAGAAAGCGUGCCAAUCGGUGAGUGAGAUGGGCGGACGAUGAAGAAAGGAGGGCCGAUCUGCGAGUGAGCGCCGGUGUAUAUCAAAGAGGAAAGGCGUCCCAAACUGCAAGAAUGGGUGAACCCUGGCAUGAGAACUGGAUAGGAAAACGCCGGGGUGAAAAUGAAAUGAAAUUAAGAAAGCUCUGCUUGGUGAACGUUUGCUCUUUCUUCCAUUGCUGAACCAGUGAAAAUGUUACAAUAAUUUACAAUGAUUUACAUUUAA